AUGACCACACUCACGAUGACGACGUGCCGUCUGCUGUGCGCCCUGUUGGUGCUUGCCGCGUGCUGCUGCCCGUCCGUGUGCGUGACAGCGACUGGUGGAGAUCCAAAUAAGGGUAGCUCCAGCUUAUCGCCUUCUCAGUCAAAGGAAGCAGGUGCUCAAGGCACGUCAGGUGACUCAGCGUCGCAAAGUUCAACAGAUCCGACCGAUGCGUCACCGUCAAAGAGUCCAGGGACCGGUACGGUAAAAAAUCCGGGGAACGAUGCGAAACAGCCACACAGUGCGCCCGGUUCGCAAGGGGCAGGAGAUGCGCAUAACCGUAAUGGACAGGAACCAAUUAAGGAGUCCAGUACGUCAGGGUCAGCAGAACCGAAUGAAAAGGUACAGGAACAGGCAACAAUUUCCGGGGCCGGUGGGAAAGGGCCCUCAAGUCAGCCCAGUAAUGGACAGACACAAAGUGAAAACCCCACAUCACAAGGAUCAAGUGCGGGAAACGGUGUGCCAAGGAGUCCAGGUACAGAAGGUUCGGAGUCUAUUCCAAAAGAGGGAGCAGAUGGGUCCGAUGCGUCAGGGUCGCCAGGUGGGUCAGUUAGUCCAGCUGCAGCAUCAAUUUCCGUGACCGCUUCUGUACCGGCACAAGGUCAGAAGGAAAAUGCGCCAACAACAACAACCACGACUACGACAAAAGCACCAACUACCACCACCACUACGACUACGGAGGCGCCAACUACAACGACCACCCGCGCACCGUCACUUCUUCGCGAAAGCGACGGCAGCCUCAGCAGCUCUGCGUGGGUGUGUGCCCCGCUGCUGCUCGCCGUAUCCGCGCUGGCGUACACCACUCUGGGCUGA